AUGUUUUUGUUUAAGUUGAUAACAUUAAUGAAAAAUUCAAGCAACACUUUUAUGUUGUUCUUUUUCACAUUAUUAAUCAAUUUUCUAUAUUGGUUAAAUCUUAAAUUUAGAAGAGUUUCUGACUUACUAUUUGGAACAGUCUUUGAACCAAAAUUUGAUUUAGUUUUAGUAACUGGUGGUUGUUCAGGUUUAGGUAAAGAAUUAGUUUCACAAUUAGUAGAUAAAAAUUCAAAAGUUAUUGUUUUGGAUAUUAAUAUACCAGAGGACAAAGAUCCUAAUGUUAUUUAUUAUAAAUGUGAUGUGAGCAAUAGAGAAGAUGUUUUGAGAAUUGCAAAUGAAAUUCAAAGUACUGUUGGUAUAGUUACUGUUCUUAUCAACAAUGCAGGUAUUACAACUGGUAAAACAAUUUUAGAUUUAUCAUAUUUAGAAAUUGAAAAUAUUAUACAAACCAAUUUGAUGUCCAGUUUUUAUACUAUAAAAGCAUUUUUACCAAAUAUGCUAAAAUUAGAAAGAGGUUAUAUAGUAACAAUUGCGUCAGUAUUAGGUUAUAUGUCACCUGCAAGAUUAAGUGCUUAUGGUGCUUCAAAAUCAGGUUUAAUUGCAUUACAUGAAUCAUUAACUUAUGAAUUGGGUCCACCUUCAUUAAACCCUUUUGGUAUUAAAACUUUAUUGAUUUGUCCUGGUCAAUUAAAUACUGCCAUGUUUAAAGGUGUGAAAACUCCUGCAAAGUUAUUAGCACCAGAGUUAGAUCCAAAAUUUGUUGCAAAAUGUGUUAUAUCUGCAAUUGAACAAGGUAAAAGAGGUGAAAUAAAAUUACCUUAUUAUGGCAAAUUUGUACCUAUUUUUAGAGCUUUUCCUUGGCCGAUUGUUGAAGUAGUUAGAAAAUUUUCAGGGAUAGAUAAAAGUAUGAAUUCUUUUAAAGCUAAAUUAUCAAAAGUUGCAAGUAGCGUUACAUCACUUGCAAGUAGAUCAAUUCAAGGUUCUCAAAAAGGGUCAGAACAAGCUAGUGUUCAUCAAAACAAUCUGAAUCAAAACGAAAUUGAACAAAAUCAAUAA